AUGAUUCCAAACACAUUCAGGCGGAGGGAGGGAGCUCCGAAAGAGCGUGAGCUCUUAUGUGGCCGCCUCAUUGAUCGACCUAUAAGGCCUCUUUUUCCUCCUGGACUUUACCAUGAGGUUCUGGUUAUGGCAAGUGUACUCUCAUCUGAUGGGAAGCAUGAUCCGGAUGUAAUGGCUGCGUCUGCUGCUCUGAUGUUGUCAGAUGUUCCUUGGGGUGGUCCUAUUGGAGUGAUUCGUAUAGGGAGGAUUGGUGGUCAAUUCUUGAUUGUCAAUCCGAGCAUGGAUGGGCUUUGUCUGAGCGAUCUUAACUUGGUUUAUGCAUGCACAACAGACAAAACAUUGAUGAUAGAUUUCCAAUCACUUGAAAUAUCUGAAAGAGACUUGGAAGCUGCUUUAAGAUUUGCUCAUCCUGAGAUGAUUAAAUAUCUCGAACCUCAACUAAGUCUGGCAGCCAAGGCUGGUAAACAGAAAAAGGAUUAUAAGCUAUGCACAGUAUCUGAGGAUAUUUAUGAAAGAAUAAGGAGCUUGUCUGAAGAUCCAAUUGAAGCUGUGUUUACGGACCCUACAUAUGGCAAGUUUGAAAGGGGUGAAGCCUUGGAUAAUAUUGGACGGGAUGUGAAAAACAUACUUGAGGAUGAAGGUGAUGAAGAAGGUCUUAAAGUUCUAUCAAAAACAGUAGAUAAUGUGCGGAAAAAGGUCUGUGCAUCACUCUCUAUCUUUAGCACAGAAUUCAUGUUUCUGUAUAAGGAAUCAAAUAUGUACUAUCUUCCCGUGCUACAUGGUUCAUCUAUAUUUUCUAGUGGAGAUACUCAGGUAAUUUGUACUGUGACUCUUGGUGCACCUGGAGAAGCUCAAGUUUUGGAUUCUCUGGUUGGUCCUUCAACCAAGAGAUUUAUGCUUCACUACAGUUUCCCACCAUUGUGCACCAAUGAAGUUGGUAAGCGAGUUGGACUGAACAGGCGCGAAGUUGGACAUGGUACCCUUGCCGAGAAAGCACUUCUUGCUGUAAUGCCUCCCGAAGACAAUUGUCCAUAUACUGUUCGUAUCAAUUCAGAAGUCAUGGCCUCAGAUGGAUCAACAUCAACGGCUUCUGUUUGUAGCAUGGCCUUAAUGGAUGCUGGCAUUCCAUUGAGGGAACAUGUAGCAGGUUUAUCAGUGGGACUUAUUAGUGAAACUCAUCCUGCAACUGGUGUAAUCAAGGACUACAGAAUAUUGACUGAUAUUCUCGUAAGGCUUACACCGCUGUUCAACUCAUAUGGGUGUUUCUGA